CCCAAGAGUCCCACCCGUUGCUCGGAUAAAUCACACGGCAGUACUGUGGCUUCCAGCCUCUGAAACUUAGAGUGAAGUAUAUCGCUCAUUCUCCAUUUACCGAUCUCUCCGAGGCAUCUUUUCUAUCAUUGCCGAAGCAUGAUGUUCUGAGAGAUUACUUAUCUUCUUCCUCUCUUGAGUCUUGUGAUCUGGAUCUUAUUUGUUGACACUGACACUGCCAGUGCGCACCUGUGAUCUGUAUAUCCCUAACUGUGAGGGGAAAAGAACUUCAAGGAGUUUGAAAUAGUGAUACGUUGAGAGCAAGACGAUCGAUAUGGAUUUGGGUACUGGAGCAGUCAUCUCAGCUGCUGCUGUGGUAGCGACUGCGUAUUUGAAUGCGAAGCUGUCUGUCAGCUUAGAUAUGCAGAACCUGCGCCAUGAUAGGGACUGGGGACAGCGACUUGGUCAGAAGAUCCAGUCCUUAGGCGAUACUUGCACGAUAUAUGCGAUGUUCGAUUCUGUGGAUCCUAAUGUUGAGGCAUUGUGGUUUGAAGGCCGUACGUGGACUUACGGCGAGCUGAAGAGAGACGUCGUGAGAUUGGCUGCGUAUUUGGAGAGCCAGGGCGUCGGGAAGAACGAUUGUAUUGCAAUGUUCACGAGUAACUCGCCGGAGAUGGUGACAGCCAUUCUGGCGCUCUCAAAGCUGAGUGCUGUAGCUGGAUUGGUCAACACCAGCCUCCGAGAUGCCACCUUAAAACAUUGCUUGAAUGUCGCAAACGCCAAAGCCAUAAUCUCAACACCAGACCUUUCUCAAUAUCUAGACGAUACAACACAACACUGGGCCUUGAACCUAGGAUCAUUCAACAACGCACCCCCACCAACGAAUCCAUCCAUCACACUUCUCACAUCAGAAAACUUACCAAUCCCAUCAGUCGUAACCCCUCCAACAAAAGCCACUCCCACCGACCUAGCAUGUCUCAUCUACACAUCCGGAACGACAGGAAAGCCCAAAGCAUGCGCGAUCCGCAACCACCAAAUGUGCGUGACCGCCAACGCCACAUCUCAAGACAUGCAAAACCCCAAAAAGUACUUCCCCAUGCGCAUCUACUCACCUCUACCACUCUUCCACGGCACCGCCCUCUUCACAGCCCUCUGCUACGGCAUCGGAACAGGAUCUACCGUCUGUCUAGCGCGGAAAUUCUCCUCGUCACGUUUCUGGAAAGAUGUAACGGAAAGCAAAGCAACACGAAUCCUGUAUGUCGGAGAACUCUGUCGAUAUCUCGUAAACUCCCCACCUGGUCCGUAUGAUCGUGGCCAUAACUGUAUCGUGGCAGCUGGCAAUGGCCUCCGUGGUGAGAUCUGGGAGAAAUUCAAGGAUCGGUUCGGUGUUCCUGAAAUCAGGGAGUUCUACCGCUCGACUGAGGGGCUUGCGAAAUUCGAUAAUGUGGCGUCCGGAGCUUGGGGAGCGGGUAAAGUGGGAUUUGCUGGGCCUUUGAGGCGGUAUAUGGAGACAGAUACGUUGAUCGUGAAGGUUGAUCCUGAGACCGAACAGCCGUAUCGGGAUCCCAAAACGGGGUUUUGUGUCCGGGCGAAGAUUGGAGAGCCUGGGGAAGUGAUUGGGAGGAUUAAGAAUCGAGCGCUACUUACGGAGUAUUUGAAUAAUCCGGGAGCUACGAAUGAGAAGAUCAUGUAUGAUGUGUUCAAGAAGGGAGAUUCGUGGCAGAAGAUGGGAGAUCUGGUUGUGCAUGAGGAGACGGGGUGGGUGAGGUUCCAUGAUCGUAUGGGUGAUACUUUCAGAUGGAAAGGAGAGAAUGUGAGUGCUGGAGAAGUGAGGGAUCAUAUUGCCAAACUUGAUGGUGUACUGGAUGCUGUGGUGUAUGGUGUGAAACUCGCGGGAUAUGAUGGUCAGGCGGGAGCAGCAGCCAUCACACUCGAUUCUAGUGCCGAUGUGUUCAUGCAAAACCUCUAUCCGGGACUCAAGAAGACAGGACUUCCAGGAUACGCGAUGCCCCGUCUAGUUCGCAUCACUCAAGAAAUCGAAGCCAACGCCACCUUCAAGAAAGCCAAAAACGACCUCAUCAAGAAAUCCUGGGUUGCAUCAGACCCCAAGAAUUCAGAUAAACUGUACUGGCUUGAUGGGCAGGUCUAUAAGCCUUUAGAUGCGCCGAGCUGGGGCUCGAUUGAGAGUGGGAAGGCUAAGUUGUGA